AUCUGUUCUUCUACUUCAGUUUCCCUGUGCAGGAUCAAUAAAGUUCAUCUUACUCUGAAAAACGAUGAAAUUCAGACUGAGAUUUGGUUCAAACAAACUGGUUUCAGAAUUUCGACUCUGAAGUUUGUUUCUCGUCUCUCUGAGUGAACAACAGUGUUUCUCUGGAGGAAACUAGCUCGCCAUAUCAAGACACAACACACUUCCUGUCCUGGAGGGAGGGUGAGGCUGGCAGUCAGUCUGUCAGCAGAGCUACUGUGGAGGAGAAACCAGCAGAAACUGGGAGAGACUCUGGAGAGACUAGAAGAAAAGGAGGAGAACCUGAAGGAGAAGAAGGUGUGAAGAAAAGAGGGGGAAAUACGUGGAAAAACGGGGAGAAACAGAGUAAAAACUAGAAGAAACUGAGGAGAAGAAGGUGAGGAUAAAGGAGGAGAAGAGCUGAAUGAAGAGGACGAGUUGAGCCUCAGUUUGACGACUGACAUCAUCAUCAGAAGGGGAGGAGUCAGAGAAGAUGGCGUCUCGGUUCUGCUCCAGCUGGAUUUACCUUUGGAUAGUCAUCAUCCUGUUCGGAAACAUCUCUGCUGACCCGGCUUCACCACAUCGCUACCAUGUCCACCACACCCAGGUCAGCUUCGACCGGGCCAUGGAGGACUGCUCCCCAGGCAUCCUCACCACCCUCGCCACCGAGCAGGAGGUCGCAGACAUCCUCGGGCUCGUCUCCGAGUCAGUGUCACCUCUGAAUCAGAACAAAUUCACCUUCUGGGUCGGGCUGAGGAAAGUCAAGAACGAGUGUGUCGUUCCCACGCUGCCACUGAGAGGAUUCAAGUGGAUGGAGGACGGCAGCGAGGAGUCGGAGGUGAACCGCUGGACAGAGGAGCCAACGCACACCUGCACGUCAGUUCGCUGUGCGGCGCUAAAGGGGGAGUUAGACGGGUCGACGGUGACCAGGUGGGGUCUGAUCUCUGUCACCUGUAAGAACAAGUACGGGUUCAUCUGUAAGCCUAGAGACCGACCGACAGGAGAGACCAGUGUUACACCAGAACCAUCUAAACCUGAACCUAGACCUGCAACACGAAAACCAGAACCAGCCACACCUCAACCUAAACUUCCUACUCAAGGACCAGGACCAGAAACUGACCUGAAGCCUAAAACUGAAACUGAACUGCAGGAACCUGACCCCGAUCCUGAACCAGCGCCAGGGUUGGACUUGGACUGUCAACACCCCAUCAUCCCUGGUGCCCGCUCCCUCAGUCUGGACCCUGACAACAGCAGCAGGAUCCAGGUGGAGUGCUGGUCCCCCAUCCAGCUGGAACUCCAUUGCUCGGGCCGUCCCGCUGUGUGGCGGCUGCUGGACGACUCCCCUGCAGACUUCACCACCGUCUGCCAGCCGUGUGAGGCCGGCUUCCAGAAAGAUGCUUCUGGAAACUGUGUGGACAUUGACGAGUGUAGCGGUGGCGGCGGCGCCCCCUGCAGGCACACCUGCCUGAACACUGAGGGCUCCUACAGGUGCGUUUGCUCCGACGAGAAUGAGAAACACCACGACGAGGACUCGCAGGCGUGCACGGAUAUGGCGACAGAUGGUGACAGUGGCUCGCUGUCAGGUAUCCUGAUCCCGGUGCUGGUUGCUGUGGCGGUGCUGGUGGUGUUGGUGGUGGUUGUCGUGGUGACGGUGAAAUGCUGCCUGAUGAGGCGGUCAAAGAAACGUGCCAUGACGAAGGCGGAGAAGAUGGCGAUGAAGAGCAAAGAUGGCAAGGAUUCCUUUGAAACAGCCAAUGAGAAGGUAGCAACAUGAAGGAGGAGAGCUGUGAUUGGUCGAAGGCGGAUCACCAUGUAUGGCAGUGACAUCAUUAAUGCCAACAUUUACAGUUUGCUGUUGGAUGAAAAUACAGGAAGUAAGAAAAAGUUUAUUUUUCAGUUUAAAACGUUUUUAUAUUUCUGCUUUUUACUGACACUGAGAAGAGAAACUUACCUGGAAACAGGUGGAAUUCCUUCACCUUAUUGGCUGAUUUUUCAUUUUUCAUUUUUAAAUAAAUUCUUGAAGAUCGUGAAGAUUGAAUCAUUGAACCUGAGCUCUGGAAGUUAAAACAUGAAAAUCUGAGUCUUUAACGUUUUUACCUGUAUGUACGGUAAAGGCUCCUGUCUGUGGUAAAACUAGUCCCUGAGCGCUGUCUGACAGGCAGCACACUGCAAAAACAUGGUUGUGGUCUUAAAAACACACUGGAAGCACACAUUUAUACAUUUGUAAUUUGAACUACAUUAUACUGAAAGGCUGGAUAUUCUGGAGUCUGGUGUUUUGAUUGGUUAAUUAUAAUCAAUUACAGAUGAAUUAAUUUCCCUCUUGCGGCCGUUUGGACUCGUUUCUGUCUCGUGGGAGUUUUGACUGCAGCCCUGGAAAUAACAGAAAACAUUUAAAAGCCUCUGAAUUAGUUUUUUUUUUUAAAUGAAUCCAAAUUAAUUAUUUAUUAUUUAAAGACCGAAGAGUUCAAUAGAAUUAAUUUGGAUAUUUCAUUAUCAUUUUAAUGUAAAUCGAAUACAUUGUUUUUUAAAGCAUAAAUGAAGUAAUCUUUUAUAAAUGAAGUAAUUCUCCACAGUAAAUGAAGACAAACUUCAUUUUCCAAGAAUACAGUUUCAGCUGUUCACUGACAAGAAGAUCAGCGAAACCAGUAAAAGAGGAAAUUAUCCUGAAAAUAAAAUGCUGAAUGUUUAAACGUGCAGCUGAAUCUGCUGCGUUUCUGUUUGAGUUUUAAUCUGUCAGCUAAUGAAACUUUAUUAAAGUAAGAAAACUUGAUGAUUUUGUUGAAGUUUUUACUGAUUUUUGUUGUUUUAAAUAAAGUUUCACAGAUUUUAUUUUGAAAACCA